AUGGCGACUGGGCGAAAAGGCUCCACGUCCAAAGGCGCCGUCCGUUUCCCUGACGACGAGGCCCCGCCCGGGUCUCCCACGCGGCGAGACGAGGACUCGCACCUGUGCUCGCUCGUCGCCCUGAGAGAGAAGGACAACAGCUACUUAGUCAAGGCUGGUUUCCUGAAGAGCCACUGUGUGUAUGAGUUGGUCUUCCUGGUCCCUGAUGUCCCGUCUGUGGGUAAAGACCUGUCCUGCAGCAGCACCGCCUCCCCCUCCAGACGGGCCCCGCACCUGCGCAUCCAGAGGGUCAGCUCCACCCUGGAAGGUGGCGUGAAGGUGACGUGUGAGUACAAGGCUCACCAGGAGGGGGUGCUGCAGGAGGAGCUGACCAUCGUGGCCAAAGGGAAGAGCAACAGCAGCCUGAAGGUCAAACUCCAGGCCAAGAUCAUCGACCCUCACCACGGGACGCCGAUGCUGAUGGAGGGCGUGAAGUGUCUGGGCCCCGGGGCGCCACAGGAGAAUUGGACCCCCUCCCGCCUGCAGGGGGCGCCACAGGAGAAUCUGACCCCCUCCGGCCUGCAGGGGGCGCCACAGGAGAAUCUGACCCCCUCCCGCCUGCAGGGGGCGCCACAGGAGAAUCUGACCCCCUCCAGCCUGCAGGGGGCGCCACAGAAGAAUCUGACCCCCUCCAGCCUGCAGGGGGCGCCACAGGAGAAUCUGACCCCCUCCAGCCUGCAGGGGGCGCCACAUGAGAAUCUGACCCCCUCCAGCCUGCAGGGGGCGCCACAGGAGAAUCUGACCCCCUCCAGCCUGCAGGGGGCGCCACAGGAGACAGGGACUUCACUCAGCUUACAUCCAGACAUCUCUCCUUCGAUAUCGUUCGUGCAUGUUUGGGACGCAGACGGCCAAAGCCUCACCGCCACCAUGGUGGACACCAUCCUGAGCCGGACCACCCUGGGUCAGAUCCCGAACCUGACUACCACCCUGGGUCAGAUGCUGAACCAGACCACCAACCUGGGUCAAACACUGAACCGGACUCCCAUCCCGGAUUAG